UCACUCUCACAUGUUGGCAGCUCAGUGAAGAGAUUUUGUUGCCUGUGCACCUGUUCUCAUCUGAUACAGCCUGAGAAUAAGAGUGAAACCAAAGGAAAAUGGAACUGUAUUUAAAAAUCACAGUGGGCUUCCUCCUGAUCGUCCAGACCUUUCACUUUGUGCUACUGCAAGAUUCUACCGACUCUCCGGGUCGUACGAUUGAUGCAGCGUGGCUCCGUAAACUCACUAAACUUAAAGUCGGAAUUCAAAAGGCUCCAGUUACUUCAGAGGAUUAUGGAUUAGAGCUGGAUCCUGAUAAUGAUCCAAACAAUGAUCACAGUUCUGGUAUUCCAUCGGGCUACAUGAUUUUGUCUAACGAAGGCGACAACGUGUCCAGUAGCGAAGUGAGUGAAAAUAAAACAUCUGAUAAUCUCACGCUGCCUCACAAAUUUCCAAAACAUGCGACCAAGAAGCACAAAGUGUCGAACGCCACAGUUUCUCCAACUACUACAACCACAAAUCCCACAAACUCAAGCCAGAGAAACAUGACAGGAGCUGAUGAGGAAUCUCACAACUCAACGAUGACCAAUCACACCUCCACCGCUGAUUCCAUUUCUCAUAACUCCACCACGUUCUCCAAUCGCACUCAUUUAAAGUCGACAACCUUGGCGCCAGAGAUCAACGCUACGCAACAACCACCAGAGGAGGAUGAGAGGUUACACAACAGAACGGGAUCCAACAGCACAACAACCGCAGCAACCACAACGACACCGAGUUUAAACGAGACGUCCAUCACGUCUUCAUCUACAACAGCGUCCCCCUCUGAGACCACAGAAACCAGCCCUGUGCCCACGACCUCUCUCGCUCCGAUCACACCUGAGAAGGCCAACAAGACGGACAAAGAUGGAGCCUCGGGGAGCAGCGCGGAAAGAGGUUUGUCAUCAGAUUCACCCAGGAGCAGGAGGAACGGAGCAUGGGUGGCAGUGCUGGGAACCGGAAUGGCGCUGGCCUUGGUGGGACUGGUGGCCUACGUCAUCCUGAAAAAGAAACACCAGAUGGGGUUUUCUCACAGGAAACUGGUGGAGGUGUUUCCCUCAGACCCGGUCCUCAGGUUGGACAACAGCGAACCUUUGGACUUGAACUAUGGAGGCGGAGCCUAUUACAACUCAGGACUCCAGGGGGACAACAUCCAGAUGUCCAACUUUCCAGGACAUCGCAGAAACUAAAAAACAGUGUUUUCUUCCUGACGCCUGAUAGAAAACUGAUAGUGUGGAGUUUUGUAAAUGAGACAGUCUGAGUUUUUUUAUUUUCUGUAAAUCUUAUGUCAGAUUGUGCGUCACGCUGAGUGGAUUUAUCGAACUGAAAUAGAGGAACCACUGAAGGCAAUUUAUCUGAAGUACGCUGCCAAAGCCAAUAUGAACAGCCAAUUAUGUGUGUUGCCAAAGGGAAUAAAAUGAAGAAUAUAAUUCGCAGUCAAUGCAGGGUGUUAAAAAUGAAUAUUUACUGUACGUUUUGGUUUUUAAUUCUCAAACCGUUUUUUGUAGAAGAAAAUCUGAUAAAGACAAGGAACUAGAAUAUAACUCCUGCUGAUGCAAAACCAUUUGUGGAAGAAAAAAAAAAAAGGAAUAUGCCGUCUGCAGAAUAAAUAGAAGAUUACACAGGUGGCACAUUGCAGCAAAAUUCAGAAGCCAUCGCGAACAAUAACAUUAUCCAUAUCAACCGUCACCCGCUGUUACGGCACAAGGGAAGGAAAUAAGAAGUUAUAUUUAAACUGGGCUUUCAGAUUUUCCACCGUCGACAGUCACAGCCGGAGACUGAGAAUUGAACCGCUAAACCAAAGACCUGAGUUUGUUUUUCUACAAAGUGACGGCGGUGGAGGGAGAGCCGGCUGCUGUUUCUUAUUCAUAGACUGAGGUUUUUUUUAGUAUUCAUGAAGGGAGAUUGUGUACUUGGUUUUAGCACUGCUCAGUAGCAACAUCUGUAUCAUCAUAAUAAACUUAAAUCUUCUGACCUCCAGGUGUCCAAACAGAGAUUUCCAGUCUCUGGUAGCGACAGUUUGAAACCUCGGAGAGUUACGUCCUGUAGCGUUUUCCUGCAGCAAACAUUGAUCAAAGCUAGAACACGCCUGAUUAUGAGUUUCUUGAAAAAACGUGAUAUAUUUUUUCUUAUUGUUAUUCUUGUCACAUGUUUGCUUUGACUUUGAGUGAAAACUUUAUUUAAAUACACACUCUCAUACUUUCACUAAUGCCUUUGUAAAUUAAAAUCUAUCAAUAUAUUUUAGAAUUGCUUCA